AUGUACUCGCAAGAUCCUCGCUUGAAUCUUUCAAGCAAUGACAAUCAAUUCAUUCAAGUCAAUUAGCCCUAUUCGUUAUUCCAUCCAACGGAAUAACACAGUUAGCUAGACAGUAAAACAAGUUAUCAUCGCAAUAACCUUUACCCUCAAUAUAACCAUCAGUAUAAACAUAGCAUGUUUUCCAAUUAGCCUUUACUUAAUGCAAUUGAUCAGUCCUCGCAAUAAUCUUCCAAAAAUAUCAACUAGCAAUUAAACAACAUAUCAGUUAAAGAUAUAGAAUAGGAUCUAACAAUCGCAAGCCCAAAGCAAGAGCAGCAAUAGCCUUAAGCUGAUAAAUAAAUAGAAGUCAAAACUUUCGAGUUAAAGACAAAAUUAAGAGAACUCUUAUCUCGUUCAAAUUCUGAGUAUUCCUUGGCAUCGAUGACCAAUGAGAAUUACUAGAAAUUUCUUGAUUAAAAUAUGCUCUUAAAUGGUUAGAAUCAGCCCUCAACUGACUAAAACGAAAGACCUAACAGUAUUAACAGUUAGUAGAAUAAUAGAAUUCUGAGAAGCAGCACUUAAAAUACUGCUUAUCUUGAUAAGUACGCGAGUCAGCCUGACAUUCAAUAGUUUACUCAAUAGAGGCCAAUUGAAAAAAUCUACUCAGACAAAAAUAUUCUUAAUUCAGUAAAUGCAGUAGACGCCUUUACACAUAGACUCAGCGAUGAAAGAGACUUUUUGUCUCGCAAGGAUAGCGAGAGAGAAUACAGUCCACUUCCGAGAGACGGGUUCUUUCGUUCGAUAGUUAAUUUUCCUGGAGGUCUUAUAAAUAAUUAAAAUAAUAAUAAGUUCGUGCCAGAAUAAAAAAUGAGUAAUAACUAUCAACCACAGCUUCAUCAGCAGAGCACUGCUACAAACAUAGUCAGUACUAAUAAUAAUACGAAUCCUAUUGAUAGUAUGAGCUAACAAGAGUUCGACCAAAUGAAUCUUAACAUGGUUAACAGUAAUGUGACUAAACAACAGUAAUAGGAGUAUAAUGAGUAGUAUAUGAAUGGAACAUCAGCUAACAUACUUCAUCACUCACAUUCGCAAAUGAAUCAAUCAUAGUCCCCAUUUGGAGCGCAGAAAAAUAUGCAGUAACUUGGCUUUGGGUAGAGCAGUCAAAGCAUAAUGCCAUUAAUGAGCAAUUAGCAAAGCAACAUGAGUGCAACUGCUGGAGGAUAUCAAAGUUAUAGUAACUACUAAGAUGAUAAAUACAAUGAUUAAAUGCUCGGAACCCCAUAAUAGAGAUAUAUGUACCAGUAAAACUAUAAUGAAUCAUAUGGCAUGCCUAGAGAUUUUAUGCCUUAGAAUGGUUAUUACCCAAGAGGAGGAAUGAUGUUUGAUAUGUUUGAACUAGAGAGAGCAAUGCAUGAAAAUCAAAGGUUGAUGCGAGAAAAUAAAGAAUUGAGAGAACAAAUGAUGAGCUAGAGAAAAGAAUUUGAGACCGGUAAGGUUAACUAAAUGAUAAAGCUAGGCAACCUAGAAAAUGAGGUGAAUCAGAGUAUCAGUAAAAAUAAUGUGCUUAAAGGCAAAAUUAAGAAGAUUAAAAAGUUUAUGCUUGCUCUGUCCAAGAUCAUGGAAGAUUCCUAGGUAUAGGAUUAAGGAUAAAAGGAUGACUAGAAUAAGCAGAAUUAAGGAUUUUAAAAUAAGGGAGUUGAUAAUGAUACCGAUUCAGAUAACGAAAAGCUGCCUACUCUUGAGCUAUUAUGCCAUUAAGUGAAAAGACUAAUGACUGAGAUGCUCGAAGUUAAGAUGAAAAAGCUAAGAGCAAACAGAAGAUCCUACCACAAGCAGUAUACAAAGUCUCUGUACAACUUUAACGCAGAUGGUGAUUAUGGUAUGAACGAAGAUGAAUUCAAUAUCCCUAACAGUAGAGCUAAAUCAAUGCCAGCAUAAGACAGAAACUUCCAAGAUUAGUAGGUUAAGUUACAAAUACAGGAAUCAAGUUUGGGCAAAAAGAAUGUAAGUAAGCUCUCAACCACUAAGCAGUCUACUCCACCUAACAGGAAAUAAUCUGAAGGUAACGGAAGGACUGAAAAUUAAAACAAAAGAUCCUCAUCAUAUAAUGCUGCUGGUAAUCAAGCAAUAUCUGAUAGAGCAUCAAAUUAGUUGGCAUAGGAUGCAAAGUCAAUAGACUCAGUGAGAAGGUAAGACCAACGAUCAGAAAACUAGAGAUCAACCAAGAAGAUCCAAGAUGGGAAUAAGCCAAUGAUGUGGGUGCCCAAUGAUAUCUCUGAGGAAUGUGCUCUCUGUAAGAGUUACUUUAAUUUGUUCCGACGCCGCCAUCACUGCAGAAUGUGCGGCAGUCUGGUUUGCUACUACUGUUCAAACCAUCAGGAAUAUGUUCCUGGCUAUGCCGAUGCCAGAGUGAAGGUUUGCGACGCUUGCUACAGAGAUAAAAAAAGACUUAAUAGAAUCAAGUCUAGGAGGUGGAGCAUUAUCUCUGGCCACUUCGCUUCAAAUAACUACUGA